CGUGACAGUUUUGAAUAAAAUGAGAUUAUUGUGUAAUUUACGCUUGACUUGCUGAGGUACAAUAUGUUUGAUGAGCCCUAACAACUUAAAGAGCUGGCGAUGCAACUCAAAGAUAUAUCAGUCGUGUUGUUCAAGGUGUAAUCCAUAUCAAGGGGUAUUGACGCUCUUGGAAACAACAGCUGAAGAGCCUGUUACAACGAAUUUGUUGUUCUAGCAAACCUUGGUAAUUGUAUCGACGAUUUACAAAUGGAAAACCAAAGGAUUUUCCUGGUGCUCACGCUUUUUGUGGGUGUUUCCCUGGCCAUUGACGAAAUUGGAAAUUUCCGUGACAAAACAGCUCCUAACAAGUGGAGUUUCUUUAAACGAAGCUGGAAUAGGAAAUCAAAAGAUCCAACCAAAAGAUACCAGCUUCCCAACAAAGUCACUGCUGUUGAAUCCGACGACAACGAAUAUAAAUAUCAUCGUUUGUGUCAUCAAAGCCAUUCCGUCAAAUUUCGAGAAAAUGUAAAGUUUGGCAACUUUGUGUUUGAGCCUUUACAAUCAAGUUUUGACGAAACAAAGUGCUCUAUGUACGGAGUAGAUGAAUCUGACGUUUAUACGUUUGAGAGCAAUCCCUAUCAGUUAUGUGCCGAAAAGGAAUCUGUUCCUUAUUUUUGCGCUACGAUGACUAAGGAAAGAUACGUCAAAUACAUGUUCAAGUUAGGGUCCAGGCCAAUUUUCCGAAAUGUAAAAGAAACUUAUCACAGCGGAUGUGAAUGUGUUCACGCUAGUGAUUUGUAGUCGAUAAGCACGUGAGGUAUUCUCGAACCCAGAUCUCACACAUGACUAUGGCUGACCGUGGGAGAUCUGGUUACCACUACGGGGAAUCCUCGUACACUUUACCUGAAGUAACUUUAUAUAUAUAUAUGUAUAUAUAUAUAUAACUGGCCCCCGAGGGAUCGUUUUGACUCGUUCCGCCAUUCGUAGCUUUUUUCUAUGUGUAAAUUGAACAAAGUAGGUCAGAUAACUCAAGUUAAGCAGAAUCAUUUAGAGCAUAUUAUUUCGUUCGAUCCUUAUUACAAUAUAUUAAUUAUUUAAGUCAUCCUUUAGCCAAAGUUACCCGGUCAAUGAUGGAGUUCUUCUAAAGUAAACUAGAGAAACUACUUUCUCAGACACAUCAUCCCAUGUUCGAUAGUGGUUGUUGAUGACAUCGCCCCCUUUCACGGUCGCCUCAAGUUCCGUCGCCCCCAAGUAAAGUUUCGUUGCCUUGAAUUAUGGUUGCAUCGCCCAACUUGUGAGCUAAGGGUUUGAACGUAUUUUUUUACAAAGUUUUAAAGCGGGUG